AUGAGUGUGGAGGCAUGGCAGGACUUCGGCCAGAAGGUCGACCUAACGGCCCGAAUCCGGGAAAUUUUACUCAACUAUCCCGAGGGGACCUCUAUCCUCAAAGAGCUUGUGCAGAACGCCGACGACGCGCGGGCUACCUGCAUCAAGUUCUGUUUGGACUGCCGGCAGCAUGGAACACGCUCGCUGUUAUCUCCGGCCAUGGCUCCGUUCCAGGGUCCCGCUUUGCUGGCCUUUAAUGACGGGGUCUUUAGCGAUCGCGACCUGGAGUCUAUCAGCCGCAUCGGGGACAGCAAGAAGAAGGACGAGGAGGGCAAGACCGGCAGAUUCGGAGUGGGUUUCAACUCUUGCUACCACCUGACGGAUGUGCCCAGCUUCGUGUCGGGCCGUCACCUGGUCAUCUUUGACCCGCACUGCAGGCACUUGCCCAACAUCUCCUCCACGAAUCCGGGCAAGCGCAUUGACUUCGUACAGUACGGCGAUGUCGCGGCGCAGUACGCGGACCAGGUGGCGCCGUACGCAGGCGCGUUUGGCUGUACAUUGGGUGCAGGAGGGGGUGGCGCUGUCAGCGGCGGCGGGUCUGGAUCUCUGGGCCCCUGGUCCGGAACGUUGUUCCGCUUCCCUUUGCGCUCUGCGGAGUUGGCUGAGGCGAGCACCAUUUCGAAGCAGAUCUACACAAUCGAGUCCAUCCGCACGCUGUUGGAGCAGCUGGCGACCGAGUCCUUUCAAAUCCUGUUGUUCCUCAAGCACAUCUCCCGAGUAGAGAUCCACGAAUGGGCCCCCGACGCAGCCGCGCCACAUAUCUUGUUCUCUUGCUACGUCAGCAACCUCUCCAGGGAGGUAGCCUGGGAGCGAGGCCUCUUCGCACGCGUCAGCAGAGACCGUCCAUCCCAGCAGAACGUAGAUCAGGCGGCUAGUGGCGGCGGCGGGAUCCGAGUCCCGCUGCCGGAAGUACUCGCUAGCUAUCGACUGGAGCUCCUGCGCGAGUGGCACGACGGCGGCGGCGGCAUCGGCGCCGUCGUACGGCGGCCGGAGCGCCGGUCGUACAUCAUUUCGCAGAUGCGCGGCGGCGGGGAAGCAGCGGAGAUGGCGGAGCAGCUGUCGAAGCUGUUUGGCGCGGUAGUAGCAUGGGGCGCGGUGGCGGCAGAUGUGACGACGGUGGCGGGUGCGGCCGGCGGCGGCGGCGACGCGGCGGCGGCGGCGGCAGCGGGCCAGCUGGAAGACGGCCGCGCCUUUUGCUUCCUGCCGCUGCCCAUCCGCACGGGGUUGCCGGUCCAUGUCAACGGCUACUUUGAGCUGUCCAGUAACCGCCGAGACAUCUGGUACGGCGAGGACAUGACCGGCAGCGGUGCACGGCGCGCGCAGUGGAACAUCCAGCUGCUGCUGCGGGUCAUCGCACCCGCAUACGUGGCGGCGCUGACGGCAGCGGCAGCCGUGCUGGGGCACGGAGAGGCGUACGACAGGCUGUGGCCGGCGGCGGAUGUGGCGCAGCCUUGGCAGUCGCUCCUGGAGGAGUUCUUCCGCCGCGUAGCCGACAUGGCGCUGUGCUGGAGCACUAUCCGAGGGGGCUGUUGGGUGGCGCCUCGAUCGGGGGUGCUCCGAGACCAGGUCGUGGCGGCCAGCCCGCCGCUGGCGGCGGCGCUGGUGGAGGUGGCGGAGCUGCCGCUGCUGGAGCUGCCGCCGGGCGUGGGGCAGCUGAUGUUGCGACACAUGUGGCAGCAUCUGGGGCAUUAUGGUCUCCGCCAUCUCCGGCGUCGGCUGUGGGGGCGACACCAACAGGAGCUACUGCUGCUGCAGCUGCUGCAGCUGGUCCGCAAGCUGCCCAAGCGGGUAGCUGCCCAGCUGGUGGGCUUGCGGCUGCUGCCGCUGCUAGACGGCACGACGGCCACACUAUGCGCGGCCGUGCCAGGCGGCAAGCAGCACCCGCAGACGCAGCAGCAGUCAUCUCCGCAGCACCGAGGCGGCCACCCGGCCGCACCUUACCCCAGCUGCUUCCUGCCAACCGCUGAGGAGUGUACGCUGCUGGCUCGGGCAGGCGGGCUCUUGGUGGACGCCAACGAACUGAGUCCUACGGGCCGCUCCAAGCUGGAGGCGCUAGCCGCAGCCCGGGUGCUCAACUUUGCGAAGCUGGACUCCCUCGCCAUGGCGGCGGUGGUGCUGCCGCAGCUGCUGCCGCCGGCCUGGCUGCCAGCGCGUGCCGUCGGUGGCGCGGCUGCCGGCGGGCGAGUUGUUGACUGGGAGAUUGAUCCGGCGGGCCAAGCGGCGGGUGUGGACAGGGAAUGGCUGCAGCUGUUGUGGCGCUGGCUGGCGACCCACGGGUCAUUGCCCUGCUUCGUGGGCCUGCCGCUGCUGCCUAUCCUGGGCGGCCGCCUUGCGCCCUUUGCUGACGCAGCCAGUUCAAUCUCUGUGCUGCCGCCGGCAGAAGUCGUACAGCGGGCCGCUGCAGGCGCCGGCGGCAGGGUGGUAUCGACAGCGGAUGGCGGGGUCGGGGCUGCGGCCGACAGGGCUGCGCAGCUUGCAGAGCUCUUGACGCAGCUUGGGCUACAGAUUGUGGAUCUGGAGACCUUUCCGGACUUGCCGGUUUCGGAACUGCUUCGAGGAGGCCAUGUGCACCGAUGUGACGGACCCGGCAUCCUGGCGGCAUUGCAGCGCCUAUCGGCGGCGACGCACCAUCCGCAGGCCGGCCGUACAACGCAGGCGCCUGUGCCGCAGCCGGCAGGAGGGGGGCCCCCGAUCGAUGGCGUCGGCGAACAGCCGGCUAGUGACGGCAAUGGCCGCGGGCGGCCUGUGCUAUCCGCUGGCCUGGCGGCGAGGGUCACUGCGUUGGCUGCUGCCGACAAGCACCUGCUGCGCAGCAUCUUGCUGACAGAGGACUGUUUGACGGCGCUCACGGCGUCGGGUCCCUCCAGGAGCGCUACAUCCGCCGGCAAACCGGCACUGCCGCAAGCCGAGGCGCGGGGCCUGCUACAGCUGCUGGCGGCUCUGCCUAUCUACGAGUCGGCAAAGGGAGCCGGCGCGGCCGCCACCGCCGCCGCCGCCGCAGGCAGCAGCGGUGGCAGCGGUCUGCAGGCCGCUGAACCAGUGUUCAUGGCCUUACACGGCAGCGGAGGAACGUGCUUUCUGGCCCCUCACGGUGUGGAUGUGCGGGUGCUGGGGUCAUUGCACGGCAGCAUCUUUGUGGUGGCGGCGUCGGAGGCGGAGGGCCGGCUGAUGGUGACGUAUUUGGGUGUACGAGCAAUCACGGCCGCGGAGGCGUUCCGGCAUCACGUGCUGCCAGGGCUGGUGUUGCUGCCGGGUGAGCUGCGCAAUGCCACUGUGCUGGACAUGCUGCGUGGUCUGCCGCAGCUGAGCGCUCAGGACCGCGGUUUCGGAGCAUGGCUGGCGCAGGUGCCCUUCGUUCCCAACAACAAGGUAUGGUGCAUUGCGGCCCGUCGGCCUGUGUGGACUGAGUCUCGCGCCACAAGCCACGACGUGUGCUGCAACGCGCUGGUCACGCAGGGCGAGCUGCACACGCCAGGGGAGCUGUACGACCCACGCAAUCCAGAUCUGGCCGCUCUGCUGGAUCCGGAGGCGGACUUCCCCGCAGCAUCGCUGCUAUUGCAGGCCGCGGGAUCGGCAUCUUCUGCCGCCACCAACGGCGGUGGUUCGACCGGCAACGGUGGGGAAGCGUCAGGAGGCGCGCCGGCUGCCGCCGCCGCCAGCAGCACCGACGAGGAUGGCGCCGGCGACGCAUCCUUGGUGUUGUACAUGCUACAGCAGUUGGGCUUGCGUACGGCAGCCACUCUUGACACGCUGCUACAGGCGGCAAGGUUUGUGGAGCGGAUUGCGGAUGCCGCUGCCGCCGCGGCGGUGGCGGCAACGACAGCCACGGCGGCGGCGGCGGAUGCUCCGGAGCGCCCGUCGGCGCCGCAGGCGCCGCCCGUUGCCGCUUCCACAACGUCUGCUGCUGCUGAGGACUCGGACAUGGCUGUUGCACGUGGCAAGGCCCUCCUCGCUUACUUGGAGGCGGAGGCGGGCCGCAUCAUGGGCCCCGUGGGAGCCUCACCCGCGCCUGCGAUGUCGGCCUCCGUCGGGGCGGCGGGUACGACAGGCGCCGCCGGUGCCGGCAGCGGCGGAGGUUCCGGCCUCGGGACGGGUGGCGGAGCGCGAAGAUUUGCAGCGGGGUUGUUUUCCAAGGCGCGGGAGCUAUUCGGACAAGGCACCCAGGAGCAGCCGGCGGUGGCGGAGGUGCACAACUUCUGGCAGGAGCUGGCGCGAAUCCGGUGGUGCCCGGUGCUGCAGGACCCCCCCGCGCCCGGACUGCCCUGGCCCGCGCGCCACGCGGUUCCCCGGCUGGCGGCCCCCCGCACCAUCCGACCUCCCUCUGACAUGUGGCUGUGUAGCAGCUGCAUGUUCCUUGUGGAUGGGGAAUGCAGGUCCUCGGCGCUCGCAGCGGGUCUGGGCUGGAGCGGUCGGCUCGGCGGCAGCGUGCUGGCACAGCAGCUGCUUCAAUUGGGGGAGAUGCACACGCAGGUGACAGACCCGGCGCUGAGUCAGGUGCUGGCGGGGGUGGUGCCGCUGCUGUACCGCUCCUUGGCGGAGCUGGGACUGCACGAGGCGCCGGUGGCGAGGGGGCUGCUGUACGGAAGCCGUUGCGUGUGGGUGGGCAACGGGUUCGCGCCCGCCGGCAAGGUCGCGUUCAAGGGCUCCCUGGACCUCUCGCCAUGGCUGUACGUCAUGCCAGCCGAGCUGGCCCCCUUCAAGGACUUGCUCCUGUCGUAUGGCGCAGCGGACGGCUUCUCUGCCGUACAGUACUGCAGCGUGCUGCAGGACAUGGCCGAGGCGACGGGUGCUGUCGGUUCUGCCAGCGUGUCAGCGGCGACGGCGGCGGCGGCGGCCAGCUCGUCGCCAGCUCUCCCUCCGCCCCCCCCUCCGCCUCAGCCGCUUAUGGAAGUCCAACUGGGCCAAGUGGUAGCAGUAGCGCAGGCCCUCGCCGACUUGACCUUGCCCGCGGGCGCCAUCAUCUACCUGCCCGACGAGCGCGGUGUGCUGGCGCGCGCUGGCGACCUAGCCUUCAACGACGCACCCUGGCUGGCGGGACAGCCCUCCGCGGCGUCUGUGCGGCUGGUUCACCCGCGCAUCUCCGCGCAUGUGGCCGCCCGGCUGGGUACUCCUUCGCUGCGGCGAUUGCUACUGGCUGCCUCUGCGGACUGCAUGGCGCUGGGGACUGUGGGCGGAGCGGAGGCUUUUGGUCAGAGUGAGGCGCUCACCACACGGCUGCGGCACAUCAUUGCGGACUAUCCUGAAGGACCAGGCGUGUUGAUGGAAUUGUUGCAAAACGCGGAUGACGCGGGCGCCACCUCCCUGGAGCUGUUGCUGGACGACACCACCUACCCCGCGAGCUCUAUUUUGUCACCAGCCAUGGCGGUGUGGCAGGGUCCCGCGCUGCUGGUGGCGAACGACGCGGUGUUCAGCCCCGCCGACUUUGCCAACAUCUCCAGAAUCGGCCAGGACUCCAAAGCCUCGCGUCCCACCUCCAUUGGCCGGUUCGGUCUAGGUUUCAACGCCGUGUACCACUUCACCGAUCUGCCCUGCUUCGUGUCCGGGGACUACCUGGUGAUGUUCGACCCGCAUGCCAAGUACCUGCCGGGCGUCAGUGCGGCCCAACCCGGCCUGAAGAUCGCCUUUGCGCGCGCACAGCUGCUGCAGCAGUUUCCUGACGCCUUCACACCCUUCACCCACUUGGGCUGCAACAUGCAGGAGAGGUUCAUGGGCACCCUGUUCCGCUUUCCGCUGCGCGGCCCGGCGGCUGCUGCGGCGAGCGACAUCAAGACAACGCCGUGCAGCCCGGAGGACGUGGCGGCGCUGCUAGAGAGCUUCAGGCGCCAGCUACCCGCCGCACUGCUCUUCCUCAAGAAUAUCCGCCUUGUAACUGCCUACUACCGCUCAGCGCCUUCACCGCCCGCUGCUGACAGCGGCGGCGAGGCGUGCCUGCAGCUGCUGUUCCGGGCGAGUCGGGAGAUGGUGCCACCCGCGGGAGCGGCUGAGACCGCAUCACUAGCAGCGGGAGGGGACGGAGGUGCUGAGGCUGCGGCUCUGCAGCUUUCCGUUUCGGAGCUGUCGGGCGCUGGGGAGCAAAAUGGGUUGUUGCAGUCAGCCAUCACCAGGUUUAUCGCUGGGAGCGCUUCAGACCCCAGCGACCUGGCCUCCUUUUACAAGCGCCUCGCCAACACCAGUGCGACGGGGUUGCCCAGCGAGAUGGGGCUUAUGCAGCUGCAGAUGGAGACAAAUUUGACGCUGCCGCCAGGCGGCAUCGCUGCUGUAGCCAGUGGCGGCGGCGGCGCUGCCUCCGCCACCUCCGCUAGCAGUGCAGCGGAAGCGUCGUCUAAGCCAGGACAUCGCGCAGUGCCCGGGAUGGUUACGGAGCGAUGGUUGGUUUGCAAUGCCCUGGGAGGAGGAGGCGCGCGGGAUAUGGCGCUCAAGUCGUUCCGAAACCACAGCACAAAGAUGGUCCCGUGGGUCGGUGUCGCAGCACGUGUGCCAUCGGCCGUCGGCGGUGCCGUCGGUGGCGAAGUGCUGGCGACGGCCAAAGGCGACGCCGGUGGCGACGACAGCGGCGGUGGGCUAGACGGCCGCGCCUUUUGCUUCCUGCCGCUGCCCAUCCGCACGGGGUUGCCGGUCCAUGUCAACGGCUACUUUGAGCUGUCCAGUAACCGCCGAGACAUCUGGUAUGGUGGCGACAUGGCGGGGGCCGGUGCGGCCCGUUCCAGCUGGAAUGUGGCCCUAAUGGCGGAUGCACUGGGCCCCUGCUACGGCCGGGUGCUGGUGGCGGUGGCGCGGCGUGUUGGGCCGGGCCAACAGCUGUACCGGUUGCUGCCCUCCCUGGAGACUCCUCAGCCUUGGUCGCACCUGGUUUCGGCGCUGUAUCAGCACCAGCUGGGGCAGCUGCCCAUCGUGUGGACCCGGACCCGGGCGGGAGACGGCCGCUGGAUUACACCCACUGCGGCCCUGUUCUCCGACGCCGCCUGCGCCGCGGAACCCUUGCUCCGGAACCUUCUGGUGGCGCUAGGCAUGCCGCUUGCCUGCGACAUGCCACCCGAGGCGGAGGCUCGCCUGCUGCGAGGCGUGCCCUCCGCGACUGCGGUCGAGCCGCAGCACGUACGGCGCCACCUGGCGAAUAUGCUGCGAGCCGCGGGCGGCGACAGCGCGGCGGUGGGACAGCAGAUCACAGCUGCCGCCGCCGCUGCUGCUGACGCUGACAUUGUGGGCGGCGGUGCGCCGCAGCAUAAGGCUGCUUCUGCUACCAUGGGGGGAGGACAGUUGCCGCAGCCGCUGGCGGAGGAUGCUGGCGGAGGAGGGAAGGCGCCGAUUGGGGCCAGUGGCAGCGCCGGCGGCCAGCAAGCAGCUCAGAGCCAGCAGCAGAACCAGCAGCAGCAACAACAACAGCAAUUGCAGAAGCUGCAACAGGAGCUCGACGGUUUGCCGCUGCUGCCGUUGGCAGAUGGAACUCUAGGGCGGCUCCAGGUUACGCACCAAGGUGCUCCUGCGUCCGGCAAGUCGGCGCGCGGGCGGAACUCAGCGCCCGCACCCGCACACGUGUACGUUUUGACCCAUGGGUCGUUGGAGCUUGAAAUGCUGGCGGGGCUACGCAACCGGUGUCUGGCGCCGGGGCUGCCGGGGCCCCUGGUCGAGAGGCUGCAGCGGGUCGUCGACUUGCGGCUCUUCAACGUGCAGCGCCUCUCCCCCGCUCUUUUGGAUUCCACUCUCCUAUCGCUACUGCUGCCGCCCAGCUGGCAGGGCGCGGUGGAGCCCCAGCAGCCGCAGCAGCCGCAGCAGCAAGUACCAGUACAAGACCCACAGUCACCGCCGGUACUGCUGCCGCCGCCAUCGCCCGGACCGACGGCGGAAUGGAUUCGCGCGCUGUGGGCCUGGCUAGCCAAUCGUGAGGAUGUACUGCAGCUGGCGUCGUGGCCCGUGCUGCCGAUACAGGGCGGUCGCCUGGGGACAUUGCAGGAGAAGUCGCUGGUUCUGCGCGAGGGCGACUGGACGGAGGGUGUCACUUCCGCGUUGCUGCGGCUGGGUUGCCGCCUUCUGGACACCGCACUGCUGGAGAAGGCGGCAGGGGCGGGGGCGGGGGCGGCAGCAUCACCUGCGUUACAGGCCUGCGUCCAGCAGCCCAGCCUCUCAGGCGUCAUGGCCGCCAUUGCGGCAGCCAAAGCGCGGGGAGCUCGCCCCACGUCGGGGCCAAUGGCCGAGCCAUGGUCUGUGCGACUGUCCGGCCUGACGGCGGUGGAGAGGCGGCAGCUUCGGAGCUACCUGCUACAGAGCCGCUGGUUUACGGGUUCCACACCGCCGCUCGCCCAAGAAGGACUGGACUUGUUGCGCUCGCUGCCAAUCUUUGAAGUCUUUCCGGACCCGGUCCCAGCAGCCUCAGCUGCCAAAGCUCCACCACCACCGCCGGCGGAACCCGCCCGCGCCGCCGCUGGUUCCUCCGCCUCCGCUUCGGCGCAACAACAGCAACAGCAGCAGCAGCAGCAGCAGCCGUCGCAGCAGCAACAACAGCAGGCGGCGGCGCAGCUGCAGCACUUCACGGCCCUAGAUCCGAAGCGCCACCGUCUCGCACCGUCGGAUACAGACCCACGGGUCCUCUCCUCUGCCUUUCUCCGCGUCGAUUCCCCGGCCGAGGAGGCCCUCCUGGAGCGCCAUCUGGGCGUGCCUCGCCUCAGCCACCCGCAGCUGCUGCAGCAGCACGUGGGUCCGCGGGCUUCGGAGCUACCUCGGGAUGCGCUGGGUACCUACGUGGCUGGGCUGCUGUGCAGGCUGGCGGAGGUAGCGGGGAUGUGGGGAUCGGCGGCGAAUGUGGAGGCGCAGGCGCUGCGUCAGGCGUUGAGUGAGCACCCGCUCAUCCCCACGGCAGCGCCCUCUGGCGACCUUCGUCGUCCAUCGGAGCUGCACGACCCACGUCUACCGGUCCUGACGUCGCUGCUGCCGCCAGACAGCGCCUUCUUCCCAGCGGCUUCCCUGACUGUGCCUGCCGCCGCUGGCGCCGUGACUGCCGCUGGGGCGCCGCCGUCGCGGCUGCUGGACGCGCUGGGCUUCCUCGGCAUGGCGCGGGCUGUCGACCUUCGGGUACUGCUCACCGCAGCCAGAGCCCUGCAAACGGAUCACGCAGCAUGGGCCUCAGCUUCAAUGGCCUCCGUGACGCAGGCGGCGGCGGCGGCGGCCUCGGCGUCGUCGUCGGCGUUGUCGGCCGUGACGGACGCAUCGCUGCUGUCACGCGCACGGGCAUUGUUGCAGCAAUUGGAGCUGUGGGCAGGGCAGUACGGCAGCAGCGGCGGCGGCGCCGGCGCCAGUCCUGGGAGAGAGGAGGAUCCUAAGAGGGCGUGGGAGCAGCUGUCGGGUCUGAGUUGGUGCCCUGUGUUGCGGGAGGCUCCGGAACCGGGCCUUCCCUGGCCGUCAAUGCCGACGCCCUUGCUCGCCCCACCGCGCCUGGUCCGGCCGCCGGCUGACGCGUGGCUGGCGGCGCUGGGCUGGAAUGCCAUGCCGCGAGUCAGUGUCCUGGCGGCCCAGCUGAUACAGUUGGGCCGCCUGCAUGCCUACAAGCCCAAGCGGCUGACACAAACCGAGGCGGAGCCGCAACUGCCGCCGCCGCCGCAGGCACAGACGGAAGCUGUCGCGGAUGGGGGGGCGGAUGCUGGCGGUGGAGCAAACAGCGACACCGAGAGUUCAGGGGGUUCAGCCGACGCACAGCUGUCCUCCGUCCCUGAACCCGCAAAGUCCUCCGAGGGCAAGCCCACCACAGACGGGGCUGCAGACGCCGCGGCGAGCACGCUCAACAAAGCCCUCGAAAGUGCCGUACAUCGCCUGUACGACUCGCUGUCCGCUGCUAUUGACGGGCCCGAGGGAGACCUGGUGGCAAUGAGCUUCGAGCGUCCUGACCCGGACUCGCCUUGCGUGUGGGUCGGCGCGGGUUUCGUGCUGCCCGGAGUUGCAGUACUGCGCUCCGAAGGCGAUUUCCGGCCGUACCUGUGGGUGGUUCCGGAGCCUCUGCAUCAGUACGGCCGGCUGCUGUCCCUCAUGGGCGUGAUGGACAGGUUCACUGCGCAGCACUACGCCUCCGGCCUGGCCUCUCUGGCCGCUGCCGCCGCCGGAUCCCCUCUGGACGACGACUCCCUCGCGCUAGCGCUUCAGCUGGCAGACUGCGCGGCGGACGCGCUGGCGGCGUACGGCAGACCGACGGGCCACUUUUUCGUGCCUGACGCAGCCGCCGUCAUGACGCCGGGUCCUGAGCUGUUCUUCAACGACGCCGAGUGGCUGGACGCGCGCCACGUCCAGAUGGCCCACGGUGCUCUGCCGCAGACUACGGCUGAGGCGCUGGGCGUGAGGAGCCUGCGCUACGCGCACGAAGUUGAGGCCCAGCUCACGGCAGCUCUGCCGUGCCCCUCACCCGGGGAGCUACGGGAGCGACUGGGGCUGGCGGCGGCACAGGCAAGCGAAGGGAGGGGAGUUGCGGAUCCGAGUGGCGCGUCAGCCGCCGGCGCUUCGGCCGGAGAGGCCGCCGCCGCGACCUUCCUGUUCGAGCUGCUUGAGGUGGCGGAUGCGCUGGGGCUGCGCGGUGUACGGCUGGUCCUGGAUGUACGGCAGCACCCCGCUCAAUCGCUGUUGCAACCCGCGUUGGCUGCAUUCCAAGGUCCGGCUCUAUGUGUCGUACUGCCUGAAGUGGUGUUGAGCACGGAGGAAGUGGCGGGGCUGCUGUGCUCGCGGGCGCAGCCACCCUCUAUUCGCGGUCGCGUGGCGGCGUAUUCGGCGGGGCUGCAGUCGGCGUUCCUGGUUUCGGAGAUUCUGCAGGUCGUUUCCGGCGACACGACGUACAUGUUUGACCCCAGCGGGAUAUACCUGGGCAGCGGCACCGGGUCGACGGCAGGGUCCGGCGGCGGCGGCGGCGGCGCUGGUCGCGGGCGGGGCGGCGCACUCAGCCCCCGCGCCAAGCAGUACAAACACGCAUCCUCGGACCUGCUAUCCACCUUCGCCGACCAGUUCGCAGUCUGGAGUUUCGCCGACGAGUACGACAUCCGCAGUCCCAUCAACGCUACCCUGCUGCGUCUGCCGCUGCGGCGGGCAUCGCCGCCGCCGCUGGGGUCGGUGGCGGCCGGCGCCGCUGGCGCCGCCGCCAUUGCGCGAGCUCGCGGCGAGUCGGUCGCCGCCGCUGACACCCGCGGCCUCCGCAACGGCGGCCUGGCGGCGGCAACCUUGGAGUCAGUCGAGGCUGCGCUGCGGCAGUUUGUCGUACAUGCUCCCCGCAGUCUUCUCUUCUUGCACUGUCUCCACGGUAUCAUGGUUUCCCUCCUGCGACCCCAGCCGGCGGCGUCGGAGGCCACAGCCUCCACAGCCUCCGCUGGCGCCGCCACCGGCAGUACUGCAGCCGGCACUGGCGCCGCCACCGGCAGCCGCGCUGUCCGGGAAGUGCUGCUGCAAGCGAGGGUUGUAACGUUGGACACAGACCGGCUGCGGCCCGACUUUGCCGCUCUUGGCGCCGCAGCACGGCAGCGAUCCAGCGGGCCUGCGGCGCUGAAGGCGCUAGCGCAGGCGUUUGGGCGCAGCCUGGGGCGUGGGGGUAACCAGGACAAUCCCAAGCACUACCUCUGUCCGUUGGAGCUCCAUGUCAUGGCCCAUAAUGCGCUGCUACUGCCGACCGAGCCAGCCGCCGUUAGUGAGUCGCCGCCGUCGGCGUCAGCGUCGACACCGCCGCCGCCGGUGAAGCCGCGUGGUGGCGGCAGCGGCGCUUUGGGCUUGAAUUCAGUGGAGGGGGCGGUACAAGGCGCCACGGUGUAUCGCGAGCGCUGGCUGGUUUCGUCCUGUCACGAUCUGGAUGGGGUGCCGCUGUCGCCUGCCGCCGCCGCCGCCAGCGGCGGCGGCGGCCGGCCUGAGCUUGUAGCGGCCGCGGCUGUUUGCAUCGGUCGUGACGACCAGCGGAACCUCUUCAUCACAAGCGGACUUUACGCGCCGGUGUACCUGCCGGCGACGCCGUCAGGCAGCGGCAGCGGCGGCAGCGGCGGAGGCGCGGCGCUUGGCCGCAUGCCCUUCCUCGUCGCAGGUCACUUCUACUUAUUACGCAGAAACGGGAAGCAUGUUGUGCCACCGUUUGCGCGUGCUGAGGGCGCCGCCGGCGGCGGCAGUGGCGCAACGCCCAACACCGACGCCGGGGUCCCUGGGCCGGGGGGGCCCGUUACGCCGCCGCUACUGCCGCAGCUACAGCACCGCUGCGAACACAACCGUCGGGUCCUGGACCUUGCCGCUACAGCCUGGCAAAACCUGGCACUGUUCUUUUGCUCCCAGGACCAAUACAACGGCCCGCGGGAGCGGCUGUACGACAUCUUUCCCGACAUGGCAGCGGCGACCGCCGCCAACGCUGGUGGCAUCGCCGACGAGACGGCGCUGUACUGCGUCCGGCAGAUGUACGCCGCCGCCGCCAGGCUGCCGCUGUGGCGCUUACGUACGGGUCGAUUCGUCCACUUGCCGGAGGGCUGCUUUCUGCAACCAACUACUGAGGGCCUGGGGACGGCGGCCAUGGGUUUCAUGGCUCGCCAGCUGCCCCUGUUUGACGUCCCAUGGAUUACAAAGCAGCACCUCGAAUCCGCGGACGUGCACGGCCUCCGUACCGUCAGCCCCGCUGUCGUACGGCCGUUGCUGAAGAACCUCGGUCGCCGACAGGUCGCCGGUGCUGGCAGCGCCAAGAUCGCCUGGCCGGGACUCACCGUCCUUGAAGCAACAGAGCUACUGCUGUUCUGCUCGGCUGAUCUGGUCGCGGAGGUGACGGCGGCGUCCACUGCCGCACCCGCUGCUGACGCCGCCUCCGGCGCUUCCGCACCGGCUGGGGUGGGGUCUGCACGUGCGGGCGGGCGCGGGCAGGCCGCUGCGCCGGCGGCUCCUCCUAUGGGAGGCGGCGGCAGUAGCCCGGGUCAACAACAGGCCGGGGGAGUGGGCGGGCUGUUGGACGGCCUGACUUCCCAGGUGCGGAAUGUGGUGGGCGAGCUGGUGGGCCCGGCGCUGUACGACCAGCUACGACAGCAGCACGGCAGUGUCGAGUCGCUGGGCUCCACAUUGCUGCUUGUGGCCCCGCCCCUGCCCGCCCUGCCCACUCCUGCUGUGCUGCUGCCCCCCCACUGCGGCCCCGAGUUCGUCCACCCGGACUGCGUGGCAAAAAUGGUGGAACACUUCAAGGAUCCACAGUACAGGUCUUCCCUGGAGCUGCGGUUGUACACUCUGGACAACCUUGCCCGCCACCUUCGAACAGCUCUACCGCCGGGAUGGGACCACCCAAUGGCCUCCGGUGCGGCUUUGCAGCCGUCGCCUUCUCCAGCCCAGCAGCAGCAGAGGCAGCAGAACCAGCACAGUGACCCACGGGUCGGUCCUACGGGCCUGGGUCGCACCUGGGAUGGCGGCUCUGGGGGACAGCAGGGUGACGGCCCCAGCGGUUUGUGGCUGUGGCAGCUUUGGGCGCUGGUGAAUGGGUUACUAGAAGCUGCGCGGGAAUGGCAGGCUAUUGGAGGUGGUAGUGGCAGCGAGGGCCGGCUGGAGCCGCUUCACAAUUGGCCGCUGCUGCCGGUUCUGGGGUCCCGCGCAGGCACAGCCGUGCUUCUGCCGGAGCCCGCUCUCCCGGCGCCUUGGAACUGGCUGGCCCCGGCGCUUCACGCCAUCGGCUGUCCGCUGCUGGACCCCAGGUUCAGGGCGGCAGCGGGGCGCCAUUGCGCGCCGCACGCCGACGGCCUGCCGGCACGUGGCCUGGCGGAGGCCGCGGCGGUCGCGGGCUCUGCAGCGACCCCACUCGUGGAGAAGAUGCGGCUGUGCAAUGCGGCCUGUGGCGGUGCGCUGCCACUUCGUUGCGGUGCGGAGUGGGAUGAUGCCACGAGGGCGGCGGUGCUCGGGCUCCUGGCCGAGGCGACUCCGACCAACAUCGACCCUGCGGACAUCAUUUUCCUGCGUCGCCUGCCUAUUUACCCAACCCACGGCGGCGUCUACACGGCUCUGGAGGAGGGCUCUCCGGGGCCCUCCACGACCUCCUCCUCGGCUGCCGAUGCAGCUGCAGCUGCGGCAGUGGAGACGGGUGCGGAGACGACGGCGGCGGCUGCCCCGCCGGUGGUUUGCUCCGCAGAGCUGCUUCAUCUGGUGCCGGGUUUGGACGCGGCGCUUCCCGCGUCCGCGCCGCGGCGGCUGCUGCUUCCCCAGCCCGGUGCCUCCCGGCUGUACACGUUGCUGGGGGUGGCCUCGCUGGGGGCCGCCGGCUUCCUGGCGGCGGUGGCGCUGCCGCACCUGGAACGGCUGCCCGAGGAGGUGCGGGUAAUGCUGCUGACGCACGUGCAGGCCAACUGGUCCCGUCUACGCUCGGACGACGCCCUGCUCGCCGUUCUCCGAGACACGCCCUUCGUGCUGGUCGCCGACGGGGCCCUCAAGCGCCCCGGGGAGCUGUAUGAUCCCGACCACCCGCUUUUCGCCGCUGCCUUCCUAGGAUGCCCCGUCUUUCCGCGAGAUCAGUUUGCGACGCCGGCCUGGCUCACAGUGCUGCGCGAUGCGGGCAUGCAGCACAAGGUGACGGCCGCGGCGUUCAUGUCGGCGGCCGAGGCUGUGGCGGCACGUGGCGCGGCGCUGCACAUGACGUUGCCGGUCGAGGGCUUACCUGAGCAUGGAACCAGCCUAGAGGAUCCCUUCCUGGCAGACGGUGCUACGGAGGUCCCUUCGCCCGUGGCUGGGGCCCGAGCCAAGCAGGGCCCUGCGCUAGGGGGCGGGCGGGAGUGGUGGGCGUCCCUGGCCAAGGUGGCAUUCGUACCUGCCAGUUUGGGGCUGCCCGGCAGCCGGAAGGCUCGGCAGCUGCUGACCAGGUAUUCGGACGCCGCCGCCGCCUCGGACUGGCCGCUGGUGUGGUCGGUGCUGCCAACGGUGGCGGCGGAGCGGCAGGUGCCGGCGGCACUGGGCCAGGGGCAGCUGAGGAUCAAGUCGCCGCCGCCACUGGCGGCUGUGGUGGCUCACUUGCGCAGGGUGGGCGCGGACGGCGGGGAGGAGGCGCUGGGCGGCUGGCCUGCCUCGGCGGGUGGGGUCGAGGACGCCUUCCGUACCGUACUGUCGUACCUCGACAGGGAGGGCGUUACAGGCCAGAAGGCUGCCCAGCUGCGUGAUGUGGCAUUUGUGCCAGUGGCACGCGGGACGCUGCUGGCGCCGCCACGGCGGCUGUACGUCCGACUCAAGGAGGACUUCGCGCCCUUUGCAUUCGAGGUACCUCCCUCCCUGGCGUCCUUCACGCCGCUACUCAAGAGCCUGGGGGCGCAGGACGAGCCGCGCGCGCAGGACUUGGUGGAAUCCUUACGUGCCCUGGCGGCCGCAGUGGGUCCCCAGCCCCUAAGCCCCAACCAGCGGGCCGCGGUCAUCCGGCUGAUGAGCCACGUGGCGGCACUGGGAGGAGCGGGGGCAGCUAACGGACCGGGCGGCGGUGCUGGCGGCGGCGGGGGGACGGUGGGCGGCAGCGCAGCAGACUUGACGUACCUAGCCACGGCGCGCAGGGAGCGGCGGCUGCUGGUGCUGUCGUCCGACGGCAGGCUGGUUCCUGCGCACAGCGCCGUGAGCGUGGGUGAGGGCGGCGGCGUGGGUGCGGGUGCGGGCCGGCUGUUGGGUCGGCUUGACCCCGGUGCUCUGACCCUUGCGCACCCCGCCCUAUCUGAGUCGGUGACACGGUGGCUGGGCUGCCCCCGUCUGGCGGAUGUGGCGGAGGAGCGGCUGGAUCCGGGACAUCCUCUGGAGCCCGUGGAGGAAAUCCAGGGCCUUACGCUGCGCGACGCCCGCGCACUGCUGGCCUCCCCCGCCUUCGUAAGCGCUUGCCAUGCGUUGUUGCGCACGCAUGCGCCGCUGGUGCGCGGCAUCACGACCCACGGGUCACUCCAUGAGGUCGCUGCCGUGCUGCGCACCGCCGCGCCGCACCUCACAUUCGUGCGCAGUCUGCGCACCACUGCGGUACUCCGAUCCACCGGCGCAGCGCUGUCCCCCGCGGCGGAGGCAUCGCGUGUCGCGUUCGACUUCGUCGAGGUAGCCGCGGUGGCGCCGCCGCCUUCGGCGGCCGCGCCGUCGCCGCCAUUUGGGGUCAUUAGCAGUCUGGCCCCCAAAUCGAGCCCUGGUUUCGGAGCCGGAUCUGGAUUGGGCCGGAUCUUUAUUGCGGAGCCGCCACAGCAUCUUCCUGUCUCUUGGUUACUGGCCAGCGUGGUCAGUCGCGUCCUGGGCAGCCCGGUGGUGCUGCCGCUGCAGCCGCUGUUUACCACCCCAUCAAGCGAGCUACAGCAGCUGCAGCCGGUGCUACUGCCAGGCGGCUUCGACGCGGGCCUGGAGACGGCGGCGCAGGCGGGCACCCCCGGCGCGCCGCUACUGCCCUCGGACGCGGCGUUGCUGCAACUGAAGCCGCUGCGGCGCUAUUGCGCGGGAGAAGUGGUGGCUUACCAGCGGAACGCCGCGGCUGUGCCGGCGGCGGCGGCGGCGGCCGCCGCCGCCGCCCGAAGGGCGGUAGCGACGCCGGAUGUGCCGCUGGCCAUAACCAGCAACAUGUGCUACGGUCGCGUGGCGGCGCACUGUGCACCCACGGACUCCGCUGCUGCUACUGGUGGCGCUGCUGGUGCUGGUGCCGCCAGUGGCGGGGUGCACCGUGUACUGGUAGAGGUGGAACCAGGGGUGGUGCAGCACCUCCUCUCAACGCAGGUCUUCUGCUUCAGCGAGGCUGCAUUGACGCUUGAUUGCGCGUCACGGCAUGGCGGGCAUCCUUACUCGCAGCUUGUCCCCACACUGUAUAUCCCCAGGAGCCCCUCAAGCGACACCGCGUCGGCCGCCACUACUACCGCCGACCCCGCCCUCGCCGCCACCGCCACUACCAGCCAGCCAGCGGAUCAUCCCACCAUUGCCGACCGCAGCGGCGGCACUAGCAGCGGCAGCGGUGCGCCGCUGCCAAGCAGCGUACUAUCUCGCGGCGGCGGCGGCGGCCCAGAGGCGGCGGCACCGCGGCCGUCAUCUGGCGGCGGCGUCAUGGCCCCCGUCAGCUCCCAGGAGAUGUUGGCGGCGGUUCGCGACAUGAUGGCGGCAGCCGGCCUGCCCCUGGACCCCGCGGCGGGUCAGCUGAUGGGGCGGGUGGCGGCGCUGCAGGAGCAGCUGUCGGAGGUGCAAGGCCAGCUGGCGCAGGCCAAGCGCGAGGCCACCUCCAGCGCCUCGGAGGCAGAGGCCGCACGUGGCGCAUGGCAGUGCAAGAUCUGCUUCAGCCGCGACGUCGAUUCGGCUUACACGGGCUGUGGCCAUACCAUUUGUGCGCUGUGCGCCAAUGCUGCCAGCACCAAUCGCUGUCCCGUGUGCCGCAAGCCCAGCCAGUCACUGCUGCGCCUGUACCGCGCGUAA